UAUGAAUGAAGGCAGCCUGUGAAGGAGGCUGCCCCACUUCUGGUCUGAUCAGCGGAUCAGUUCAGGCGUGGGGAAACAUUGGGUCUAUUAUGAUGCAGCAGGAGCAGACCAGCCCUGCUGAUGGGCCCUGCCUUCUAUAUAGAUAUUGUCAGUUGUGAUGUACAGCUGACCCUCACACAGUGUGGUGCGGUAAGCAUGGAUGAUGCAGAAGAAUGCAUCAAUCAUGCUGCCGAAGUGGCCCGACAAGCAACACACUUUGACACCAGUGGGAGUCACUCAGCAGCUAUCUACAUGUACCGCCAGGCAGCGGAAUACCUGCGGCGGGCAACAAUCCUUGGCAUUUCUUCACCAGCAAUUACAGAGAGAAUCCAGCAGUACAGAAACAGAGCUGACGUACUUGAAAAUAAUGAAACACAGACCCAGUCUCCACAAGUCAUAGCAGAAAAAGGGCAGAAUGAACUGAGCAGAGCACAUUUCUUGUUGCUGGAAGCUUUUGAAGAGGAUGAAGCCGGCAAUGUGGAAGAAGCUGUGGAACUUUACUCUAGUGCUGUUGAGUUGUGCCUAGAAGCAUGCAAGAAUGCAAGUAAUGCUAAGAUAACAGACAAAUUACGAAAGCUGGCUGAACAAGCGUUAUCUCGAGCUGAGGACCUGAAAGCAUCAGAAAAGGCAGCUGCUAAAGGUGCAGAGAUUGACAGCAGGACAUCAGAGAAGUCUCAGUGUCAGAAAGUUUCACCAUCCAGAGCCAUACCUCCCUUAGGAUAUGGCAAUAUUGUUGAUGCUAAUCCUCAACCAAAAGGUACACCAAACACAGCAAGGAAAUCUGGAUUGCAGCUCGCUGGCAAAUCUGAAUACACAAAGGAAGAAGUGGAGGUCUUAAAACGAACUUCAAAUAUUAAUGGAAGAGACUAUGUGCCCUUCCUUGCUAUUGAUCUGAGAGAGAAGUUCGCCUUCUCCAUACCAUUUACUGACAAAGAUGGUCUCCUCCCUCUUGCUCCAAAGCAGAAGAAAAAUUUUGCCAGGUGGGCUCGACCAGAAGACAUUUCUAGUGAUCCCAAGAUGAUUGAAGUAGUCGACUGCUUCAGCAUCAAACAAACCUGUGUGUCUGACUGUUCAUUUGUGGCAUCUGUAGCUAUCAGUGCUUUGUAUGAGAAGAGAUUUAAGAAGAGACUGAUAACUGACAUCAUUUAUCCCAAGAAUCGUAAUGGUGACCCAGUAUAUAACCCAUGUGGGAAGUAUAUGAUUAAACUUCACAUCAAUGGAAUCCCAAGGAAAAUAAUAGUAGAUGACAAGCUGCCUGUCGGUCAUCAUGGGGAGCUACUUUGUUCAUAUUCAACAAACAAGCAUGAGUUUUGGAUAUCACUUGUUGAAAAGUCAUACCUGAAAGUGAUGGGUGGCUAUGACUUCCCCGGCUCAAACAGCAACAUUGAUCUCUAUGCUCUCACCGGUUGGAUUCCUGAGCGUGUGUCUAUCAAGGACAAGGACUUCAAUAAAGAAGCAACAUUUCGCAAAAUUCUUGAUCGCUUCCACCGAGGAGACGUUUUGGUCACUGUGGCCACAGGGGAGAUGAGUGACAGUGCAGCAGACCGAGCCGGACUUGUUCCUACUCAUGCUUAUGCAAUGCUUGAUAUAAAGGAAGUAAAGGGCAAGCGCUUACUUAUGCUGAAAAAUCCGUGGUCUCACCUGCGCUGGAAGGGAAAUUAUUCAGAAAUGGAUCAAGUUCACUGGACUCCAGAAAUGUGCAAGCUCUUAAACUAUGACCCAAAGAGUGCACAAACAUUUGACAAUGGUGUAUUUUGGAUUGACUUUGACAGCCUGUGCCAUUUCUAUGAUGUGAUCUACAUGAAUUGGAAUCCUCGACUCUUCUCCCACACAUUCUGCACACAUGAAACUUGGUAUGCAAAGGCUGGUCCCGUGCGUGAUCUGUACAACGUUGGGGAGAAUCCACAAUACUCUCUGGAUGUGCAGUGUGCAGGCGGCUCAGCUGUGUGGAUAUUACUUACUCGGCACAUAACAGAGAUUGAAGACUUCAGGAAUAACCAGGAAUACAUCACCCUCCUUGUGUACAAGACUGGGGGCAAAAAAGUCUUUUAUCCAUUUGACCCUGCUCCAUACAUCGAUGGUAUCCGCAUCAACAGCCCUCACUACCUGUGCAAGAUGGUGUUGAAGGAAGCCGGGACCCACAAGUUUACACUAGUUGUCUCUCAGUAUGAGAAGCACCUCACCAUACACUACUCCUUGCGGGUGUAUUCAACGUGUCCAUUUUCUCUGCACAAGAUACGGAACUUGUGCAAACAUAAGCAUGAGGUCACAGGAAAAUGGAAUGGGGAAACUGCUGGAGGCUGCCCUAAUCAUCCAGCUACGUACAAGAAUAAUCCAGUCUACCAGUUCAGAAAUGAUUCAGAUCUGACGUGCUUUAGAAUUGAACUCAAGGCUCCAAAAGAUAUUCAGAUUGGGUUUGAGAUUGUCUGUGUUGAAGCCAAAAACACACAGGCAUCUGGAUAUUUUUCCAGGAAACAAUCAGGAGCAUACAGGUCUGGCUUUGUGGUGAUGGAACUGUUUGAUGUGGUGGCCGGAGUGUAUAAUAUCAUCCCAAGCACCUUCUAUCCCAAUACUGAGGCACCAUAUUUUCUUAAUUUCUUUUCAUCAUCACCUGUGAAAGUCAAUAGGUUGAAAUAAGUUUACACAGUACUAUAUCAAUGUACAGUAUACUGCUAUGCAAGUAUUUUUGUAUCACUAACUGAUUUAUCAUAUAUGCUGGGAAUCCUCAGUAAAAGACAUUUUGGAUUCCUUUCAGAUAUUUAAAUGAAUCUGUAUAAUAUUAAGUUAUCGAAAAAUGGCUGUAAUUAGAUGGAAUAAUUUAUUUGUUAAUCCAUUUCAUAUUUUAUCACAGAAGAUUGAAUUGAAAAUAUAUUUUCUAGCUUUUAAGACACUUGAAAACUAAAAUAAAAGGAAAAAAUAAACCAAAA